UGUUGAUAACCGGCGAAAAAUAAACGGAGGGCAGGAAGAAGCAUCGGAGGUUUUAGAAAACUAUAUUUUAUUGCAUUUAAUCAUGGUUUCCCGAUUUGACCAACAGAAGACCAAGCACCAGCUCUUCCAUGUGUCCCUCAGUCUGGCUACCAUCCUGAUCUGCAUGGCGUAUAUGCAGUAUCGCCGGAAUUGGGCACAUCUUGGCAGCUUCUGGGACUCCUUAGUGGUGCCAAUCGUCUUUAUCGGUGAGCUGCUAAAAGUUAUAUUGGCCCGAUUCUACGAAAGGGUUGAGCAUUGUUCCCUGACUGUCAAACAGCGCCAGAAAAAGGCCUCGUACUUUACUGCCAGGGAGAUCCUCGGGGGAUUCACCGUUCAGUUUCUUUGCACUCUGCUCUACGCGUUUAUAUGCAUCAUUUUGGGAGCCCCGGUUCUGGGCAACUACGAGGAGACCUUCGUCCUGGCUUUACUGAUGACCCUAUUGACGGUGUCACCGACUGUUUUCCUCUUGGGGGGCGGCGGAGCCCUUCAAGUAUGCUUCUGCGAGAGGCCAGAAUUUGUGACGAAGUGCGAGGACACUGCGCUAAAUCUGUUUAAGUACAAUGCACUGGGCGGAAUCCUGGGCGCUUGGGCCGGAAGUGUGGUGGCUCCUCUGGACUGGGGACGCGACUGGCAGGCUUAUCCCAUUCCAAAUAUCAUUGGCGCCCUCUUGGGCAGCGCUCUGGGCAAUAUAUAUGCAUGUACGCACGUCCUCUAUGCCACGGCACGUGUUUACAUGACCAAGAAACGCACUUAAGCCUACCAAAAAAGCUAUUAAUCCUGCCACCAAGAUUAUUACGUUGCGCUGCCACUGAAUUCCACAAACUCAUUUAUUAAGAACCACGUCAUCAUCUCGUCUAGUCAGCAGCUUAGGAACUACCAAAAAGCAAUUAACACUUUAAUGUUACAUGUUUAAGCAUUUUAGUAGAGUGUAAUACUAAAGAAUUCUUUUUCUAAAUCAAUCAAUUAAUAAACUAACAAAUUAUAAAUUUAA